AGCAAAUCCCGAAUUUAUUCUGGAAUGUUAGCUAUUUUCCAUUAACGUGAACUCUCAAACGGACGAAAUUCGUAAAAAUAAACACAUUUAUAUUGAGGCGAUGUACAAUUUUCUGACUUUGUUCCAGAUCCAUGUAACUUCGAUCAUAGUUUAUCAGAAAAAUUGAUUAGUUCACCCUGUUGAUAUACAUAUGCUGACUCCGUUCAGAUUUGAGUUACUGAAUAAUGAAUAUACGAAAUUUUGAAAAAAUCACUAAAAAACUAACGUAUCUCCAAAACAUUGACACGAUAUUUUAUUUAUAAGUCAAUGACAAAAGUAGUUAGUCAGACGAUUCCGUCAACACGUAGAUAUUAUCCGUAUCUACCAUAUUUUGAUUAAUCCAGAUUUGUGAUUCAUUUACAUAGAGUGUAUUCCAAGAGGGUUAUAAAUAUAGAAUAUCCAGCUCUCAGGAGCCGAAACGUGGCUGAAAUGACUAAUUUUAGUCUACCGAUGUCGGCUAUUGUACUUGCACGCAUUUCUCAGUUUGCUGGCAGUUGUGCUACGAUACACAUCUCAUCUUAUUGAUUCCGUCAGGAGAAGAGAGACUGAUUAUAUUUCAAAAUGUCUAACAUGCAAGUCGCCAAAAACCAAUCUGGUGCUGUUUGUGUGGGUAAACGGGAAGAGGAAGAGGAGCUGACGGAGGAGACCACCUUGACUGAGUCCCGCAAAGACCUCGGGCAUACGAAAAUCCACGAAAAGAAAGCAGAGUUUGAGAGUGAAGAAAAGAAAUCUCUUGUGGAAGAAAACAGAAGCCAGCAGUCUCAAGCUAAUAGAAGCGUCGUCCAAUCCGAGAAAACAGAGAUAUCUUCGAAUAGGAAAGUCAUGACGUCAAGCUUCCAGACAUCUCAAAGUUAUGAAAUGGAAGAGACAGAGGAAUAUGAAAUCGAAGGAUAAACUUAACAUGCAGUACUCAUUAUGUGAUUAUUUUUAAGAUAUUUGAUAUAAACAUAAGACUUAAAAAAUUACUUAUCUGCCUUUAUUUAUUUAUUUUUGUGUAAUAAUUAGAAACUAGUCGAAGCUUAACAUGUUUUGGAGAAAUCGUACUUUAUUAUGAAUUAAAAGUAAAGGAUGUAAGUGACAAGAGUGCUGUAAAACAGAAAAAAAUGGUUACGUCGAGAUUCAAAUCAAUUUUGUGUUUAUAUUUGUAAUUUGCUCAGAAAUGUAUUUUUGAAUCUGUUUUUAUGCUCGAUUUAAAUUGUUUAUAAUUGAGAAAGUUAUAGUGGUAAGUAUAAUUAUAGUCAGUCUGCUGGGUAACUCAGAGUAGUUUAGAUAGAGCAAGUAUAGUUACGUUUGAAGUUAGAAAAUAACGGAUCGUACGCUACUCAUCUAGGCGCUAUCGCAGUAUAGGUAUUUUCACGUUUUUUGUCGGUUACAUCACAAUGCCAUACCAAAUACGUAAACUGAUUGAUAAAUGGUAAAAUUGCGUGGUUUAACCUCGCUUAGGAAAAUUGCGCACUGUGUAAGCAGCUGCUACUUGCUCUGGCACACACACACACACAUAAAUUGGGUGAUAGAGGAUCACUGUUUUCACGCUUUUCCUUAAGAUAGGGCUAAUGCAAACUGUCGACAUUGUAGUUCUAUCUUUAGGCAGCACUGCGUUUUAUAUCGACAAUCAACAGGACAACAAGGAGCCUAGUCAGUCGUGCUUUGACAGGGUUGCCAUGUUGGAGGAUUUUUACUAGGGGAUGUGUUCUGGGGAGAUAUCACACGUUUGCGGAUAGAAAGCAUCCCCCCUAUCUUUGAACCAAACCUACCACUUUCCAUUAAUUAACUGUGAUUUGUUUUUUUUCGAGAAAGCAAUUCUGAGGGAUUUUUGUGCUUGUUCUGGGGAAAGUCUGUAUGAGCCAUCUGACAACUUUAUGGUUUGUUCAAUGUUUGGAAAUCCUGCUAUUCGUUAAUAUUAAAUUUUAGAUAAAUGAAUUUAAGCAACGGUCCUAUAUCACCUAAUUCAUGUGUAUGCAACAAAUGCAUUAAGGGUCGGCUUGUGGAAUGUACAUUUUCCCUUAGGGAAGUUAAGCUACGCAAUGGUACAAUAAGUCAAUGUGUCUACUUAUUUCGUAUGACUCUGUGACCUAGCCACCCAAAAACGCAGAAAAUACAUAUAUGCGAGCGUGAAUCUCACGUGACCCUCGGUACAUCACACCACUAUCUCCCAAUUUGGAACUAGAUGGAAUUCAGCAGAACAACCUUUGUUGUGUUUCAUAUAAAAACCAAUAUAUCACGUUGAACUUCGGCAUAAGGUGCGUUAUUCUAUUAACUACCAUUUCAUUGCUGAUUACUAACCUGAAUCAUCGUAUUAACGUGAGAAAAUCAUCAGGAGCCUAGUAAAUUGACGAUGAAUCGGAGGUUGUCUCUGAAGACCGGGAAAGUCUGAUCCAUUAGAUGUUGCUUGCCAAAAGCGACACAUUUAGUUGAAUCAAACAAGAGUAGAUAUACACCUUUUUACCUACAUGAUCAGCUUUUCCAUAAAUAUAAUCAUGCAUCCAUUAUUACAAAAGGUUUCAAAAGAAAUCCAGCAAUAUUGCAUACUGUGGUUGGUUGUCAUGUUUUCAAACAUACCACACAAAUUUCCAGUGGUAUCGUUUGGGGGCUUUGACUUCCGUAGAAGAGCUCCUCAGGAUUUGAGGUUAUGAGCAAUUUCAUAAAUGACUUUUUCCAGGUUUCAGCAACACGUAUAGCUUCAAAACGAUUUUAAAAAAAGUGUACAACUUGUGCAAAGUUGACAUCUCGUAGAAAAACCUACGUUAUGUCACAAAAAACCUACGAAAUGUAAAAAAACGACAAAAUGUCACUUUUCAAGAUGCGUAAUACCCGUGCCGGAAAUAUUUGGACCUUUGUCAGGACUGGGUUGACCGUACAUGACAUAUAUUUCACCAUAGAGACCACGCCUAUUUUGCAUUAGCUGUCCGAUGUUGAUUCCCUUUUUGUUCAGUUACUCUCGCUCCCACUAUGGCACUUCGCUCCCGGUGAAUACGGUACCGAUUUUGCUGUUCAAAUAAAUUAACGUCGUACGAUGUUGCCACAAUGUUGCCUAGCUACCCAUCAAACUGAUCUGUUCCACUGUAAAUGACCGUUCGGCAGGAUUAUUAUGUAACUUGAAAAGUGACGACGUUAUGUCGAUCUUUUUACCUUAUGUAGGUUUUUUAUGACAUUAUAUAGGUUUUCCCAUAAGAUGUCAACUAGGAACUAGCUGUUGUUCACUUUCAUGUUCACUUGUAGCAAGCGCGGAAUGAACUAUUUGCACACUACCGGCCAUCAUCAAACUUAAUUUUUUUUGUCAUUAUAUAGUUUGUUUACGUAAUAACCCUGCGGAGCUGCUAGAAAUUCAUUGUUGGGUAAUAUGGAAGGGAUUUGAGAGAAUAUGGAAAAAAACGCGCAAUAAAUGUUAUCGGUUUGCGUAAAAUAUUAGAAAACGAAUGUGGACGAUGAAAGAGUUUUUAUAACCACUAAAAUGAACCGUGUUAGUUUGGCAGUACCAGUACUGUCUCUUAAGUCAUAUCAGGUUGCUUAUUUUUUGGAUUCUGACGUGAAGCUACUCCAAAAUUUUAAAACCUUGUUAAUUUUUUUAUAGAGAAGUUUCGGUAAUAUGUGUCCAAACCGGAUAGAAAGAUAGAAGCACAGUAUUUUAACAAAUAUGUUUUCAUUACUUGCAAUUACUUUAUUCAAGCUCAUCCAGCUUUAAAAACUCCGGCAACAGCGCUGAAUAAGGAAAAUAUCUUACGAAAUAAGCCAUCCCUUAUUCUUCGUUACCAUCGUAGUAAAGGAGCAAGGAGCUUUCU